AUGGCUACAGGAGUCGCAUUGAUGGGGACCAACAGCAGCAGCAACACCAUCAAUAAUGACUCGUUGACGGAGCUGACGACUGGGGGCAGGUCAGUGGAUGAGUUGCUGGUCACCUACGCUAUCGGGACAGUUUUAUCGGCGAUGCUGGUCACCGGGGUGACCGGCAAUGUCCACACUUUGGUGAUGAUGUGUCACUCCAUGCGGUCCACCGCCUCCAUGUACGUCUACAUCACCAGCCUGGCUCUGGCUGACCUGCUGUACCUCUGCACCAUCCCCUUCGUGGUCUGCACCUACUUCGCCAAGGGCUGGUACUUUGGAGACCUGGGCUGCCGGCUGUUGUUCAGCGUGGACCUGUUGACCAUGCACGCCAGCAUCUUCACGCUGACUGUCAUGAGCACCGAGCGGUACUUGGCCGUAGUCCGGCCGCUGGACACGGUCAAGAGACCCAAAGGUUACCGCAAGGCCAUCGCGGGUCUCCUCUGGCUCUGCUCCUUGCUCCUCGCCACCCCCAUGAUCAUCAUCAUCAAACUGCAACGCGUCCAGGACAAAAUUAUUUGCCUCCCCGCCUGGAGUUUGGAGAACAAUAAGAUCUACCUGAGCGUGCUGUUCUCCACCAGUAUCCUAGCCCCCGGCAUUGUGAUAGGUUACCUGUACAUCAGGCUGGCCAGGACCUAUUGGGUCUCACAGGCCACUGCCUUAAACAAUAACCAAACCAAGAGAUCCCCCAACCACAAAGUGCUCUACAUGAUCUUCACCAUUGUGCUGGUCUUCUGGGCUUGUUUCCUGCCCUUCUGGGUAUGGCAACUCAUCCAGCUCUACCACCCGCCUCUCUCCAUGAGCCAGAGGACACAAGGUCACAUCAACUACCUGAUGACCUGCCUGACUUACAGCAACAGCUGCAUCAACCCUUUCCUCUACACCCUGCUGACCAAGAACUACAAGGAGUACCUGAAGAACCGACAGAGAGGAGUGGCGAUCGGUGGCUCCUUCCACCCGAGGAAUCAACGUUUGCACCACACCUCGCGCCGUUCGCUUUCCCGCACCGAGUCCAUGACGCUCAGCCACAUCCCCAGGACCGACAGCGUCUAA